GAUUUGUGUGCUCUGUGGUCAGUAUCAGUACUGUUCUGUCACUGCCAAUAUUUUCUAAGUAUCAAAACAAAAUAACCUCUCAAACUAAAAUUUAAUAAAACAUGAAUCCCAAGAGCCUGGAAGCUAGACUUAGAGAUGAUAAUCCCUUUGAGAAUAUGGCCAUAGAAAACUCGGAACCGUUAAAUUCUUUAAACGGUCGGAGCCCUUGCCCAAAAUGUGGGAAAUCAAGAAUGUAUUUCUGUUACACUUGUUUUGUUCCAGUUUCACAAUUGGAUGGUUGUAUACCUUUGUGCAAGUUGCCUGUCAAAGUGGACAUUAUAAAACACCGUCGUGAAAUUGAUGGAAAAAGCACUGCCGCACACGCUGCUGUGUUAGCACCUCUUGAUGUUAAUGUAUUUACAUACCCAGAUGUACCAAACUAUCAGCAUGAUGGUACCACUGUGUUGCUUUACCCCGGAAUAGAAGCAAAAACUGUACGCGAAUUAUUUACAGGAAAAAAGAGUGAUGUUACUUACAGUGAACAACUAUUGGCUGAAUUGCCUCAUGGAUUUAAUGUUGGCACUCUUAUGACAAAAAUUGUUGAAGAAGAUAAAGUUUGUUCAGAAAUAUACCAUGCAACCAAACUGCCAAUAACCAGGGUUGUACUUAUUGAUAGUACAUGGAAUCAAAGUCGGGGAAUAUUUGCAGAUGCUAGAUUACAAAAGCUGCCCAAAGUUGUUUUACAGAAUAGAGCUUCUCAAUUCUGGCGUCACCAGAAAGGAAGCCCUCGAUGGUAUUUGUCAACUAUAGAGGCAUUACAUCAACUUAUGCUAGAACUACAUUUAUGUGCAUGGGGACGAGAUCAUAAUUACAAGAAUUACCUCACCCUGAAUUAUCCCAUUCACAAUGUUAACAGCUGUGACCACCAACAAUGUAUCCCAUACAAAGGACAGUAUGAUAACUUAUUAUAUUUUUUUAAAUACAUGUAUGAAAAGCUUCACUCACUAUACAAACAUGAAGAUUUGCUGGCAUAUAAGAGACCUAUGUUAUAACAAUAAAAUGUAUAAUUUGCUA